AUGUCUGGAAGGAGCGCAUAUGUUCGCAAGAAGAUCACACAGACCAAGGUCGACGGCAACGGCAAGGGUGUGGCUCGAUCCGGGGCCAGAUCCACCACCAGCUCGGAGGAAAAUGCAGGCUUCGAAUUUGCCAUGCCGGCGAGGCAGGACACUGGCAUAGGUACCACUAAUGCGCGCUUCCUGAAGUUUUCUGAGCCUAUCCGCGAGGUGGAGCCGACAAAUGGUGGUUAUCGCAACGACAUAGGGGGGGGCGCAAGCUCUGAAAGUCAGAGCGGUGACAGCGUGGAUGGCCGGCAGGGCGGUCCAGGCGGUCACUUCAGAGGCGGCCCUCUGGAGGAUUUUGCAUACGCGCGAGCGCGCCGGCCUAACAUUAGGACAGAAGACGUGUCGGGCAUCGAGAAAUCAGGUUUGCGCUCGGCUGUCGAUAGGAAGAGUGAAAAUGUGCGCCGAGGCCUGGUCAAGGCGUUUACCUUUGGCAAGAAGCACAAGAACGAAGACAAGGAUCCCGACUUCCGGCCGCUCUCUGCGGCAACUGUUCGACCACCGCUGGGCAGUGAUACAUCCGGCGAGCAUGACCAGGCGCAUGAAUCUAUGGACUCAAUGGUUGCCCAACGCCUGGCACAGCAACAGCAGCAACAAGAGCAUUUCCAGCAAGCCUACGGCUCACCAACGAGCGACAAUUCAUGGGACAUUCCUGGCAGUGCGAUGCAUCCGCCACCCUCGGCGAAGCUUCCUCCUAUACCACCGGCUGCGACGGCGCCACAAAUCAAGCGCUGGAUCGGAGCCGGCCGACCGGUACAGAGAUGGAACAAGCUGCGCAAGGACCCGGAGCUCUGGGACCCAAACGGAGAUGUUCUCGUAUUUUUUGGACAUAAAGGACAGCAGCCGCGGCCAAACCCUUCCUUCCGACUGUCGUCGCAUAUCGUCGAAGCUACAGAAUCUCGGUACCUCAUCACACAGCUGCGAGAGGGAUCGACGGAAGAGGACAUACAGCUGCCCCCAUCUCCAGUCGGCGCUCCACCCAUGCUCCAGCGGCACCUGGCUGGUGCAAGCGGCCACCAACAUCGUCAACAGCAUCUGGGGCUGCAGGGCUAUGGCCACGGUUAUGUCCAUGGUUACGGCCAAGGCGGACAUGGCAUGGGCCAGCCUACGCCACCGAUCUCGGAGGACAACAGCUUGAGAGAAGCCGAUGGCCAGAUCAGCUACGAGAUGUACUUCCCGACACCGGCGAAUAUGAGCAAGACGGACCAGCUGCGGCAUCACAUUACGACGCGCAAUGUGCUUGCACUGUUGUACCACGCCUCCCUCGUCGGGCUGUCGUUGUAUCAGGCGCUGUCAGACUUACAUGCGCGACUCGAGGCGUAUAUGCCGCCAGAGACGGACAACGUUGGAACGAUCAUUAAUUAUCUAGGAGCACGUGGCAUAGACGACGUGCGCAACGAGCCCGAUGCUGCCGUGUCGAUCCUUGCGUGGUCAGAAAGUCCGGAUGUGCGGUGGGAGGAGGGCUGGCGCGAGUGUUUUUUGCACUGCGCAGGCAUGUAUGCCAACCUGGAGGCAUGCGCAGACUUCAAGAGUGUGACGCCAAUCACACGCGCCCUUCUGGAACGAGCCUGUCUCGAGACGCAGCUGCGCGUGCAGGCAGCCGAGGAGCGAUUGGCGAACUUCCACUACGUGGAUAUGUGGCCGGGGGCCGUGGCGUCUGUGUCCAGCAUGGGCGGGCUGGCGAUGAAGAGCCCGGCGAAGGGGGCAGCAGAUCGGCUGCAGAAGUUCCUGAUCGCACACUACACGCGCGCAUACGGGCGGUGGCCACCGCUGCCGCCGCCCCCAACGAUGAUACAGUCGGGAUUAGCCAUUGGAGGCGGCCAGGACGACGACAUGUGGCUGACACGGACGGUGGCACAUGCCAUCCAAAAGGACUUUGCGGCCCUGUACGACUAUCUCGUGGAUCGUGACAUUGUGUGGGACGGCUCUGAGGCACGUUCGGGACGCAAGUGGAUGCUGGUGUCAGAGAGUGGCAACAAGGCGUUUGAGGCGGACACGGCGGACCUUCCGAUGACGGACAUGCUGGUCGAAUUUGACAACCGACUGCGGUUUCCACACAUCCCACAUCCCUACCCACUGGUACCGGAGUCGGAAGCGGGAAUGAGCAGCCGUGCAGGGGCAGUCGAGCGUCGAGUGCAGCUGGCGUACACGGUGGCGACGAACAUGUUGGUGCUGGGUUCUGAAUUCACGCAGUCGGACCUGAUCGAUGCGUUCUCCAAGUUCGAAAAAGCGGACCGAGUUGGCGACGUGGACCCUUCGACAGCACGGCGCGGGCGAUGGGUGCUCAUAUAUGGCAUACUGCAGACACUGGCUUCGGUGGCGGUAGACGCGCUCAACAUGCGGUACCAUGAGGGCGUGGCCUACCAUUUGUCUCCGCGGCUCAAGGGUGCCAAGAUGCCGCCUUGGCGGACUACCGGCGGUGGCGGUGACGAGGCGGCCCACGAGCUGUCACACUGCUGGGUGGUUGCAGACACAUGGAACGCGACCAACCAGGGUGACAACAUCAACGACGAGAGCUCUGCGUCGUCGGCGGGCGGCGGUUCAGGAACGACGAGCCCAGCACAGCGGCACAGCGGUAUCGGCGGCAGUGGCAGCAGCUAUGCCUUCCCACGGCCACCGACAAUGGAUAGCAUGACAAUACGGAGCGGUUCGACAGGCUACCUGACGUCGUACGGCGGCGGUGGCGGCGGUCAGUCUGUGCGAUCGGGCGUAUCUGUGGCAGCAGUGGGUGGUCAUGGAGCUGGAGGUCCACAUGGCAUGCCUUACAGCGGAGGUGGUGGUGGCAGCGGAAGCGGCCAUCUGCCGGCGCCGUUUGGGUCCUUUGGCGUAUACACGCCUUCGCCGACAGGGUCCGUGGCCGGUGGCAGCAGCGUGAUGUCCGAGGCCUCGAGCGCCGGUCCGUCAUCGUCGUCGGCACUCCGGGGAAAUCGGACACCGAAGAUGGCCCGGACGUUUGGCCAGGGAAGUAUGGGUGCGGGUUUGACCAGCCCUGGUACGGGCAUCGGGCGUAUGGAAGAUGUGGACUGGUCAGAGGCAGCGGUGCGUGAAGCAAACAGCCGGGCUGGUGGCAGCGCCGAGAGGAAAGGACCGACCCGUGGCCUACCACCGCUGCCUAGGCUGCCCAACAUCCCCAGGGAGCCGUCGUUGGCGGAAGCUUUUCUUGAUGUCGAGAACUCGCCGAUCAGCGAGAUCUACAGCAGCUAUGGAACUGGCAGUGGCAGUGGUAGCGGCAGCGGCAGCGGCAGCGGUACUGGCAGCGGAAACAACAGCGGCAGCGAGCGGGAAGGCAGGAGAAGGAGAGAGAAGAGGAGCGACAGACCACUGCUGAGCGGUGAUGGCGACGAGACCGACAGCCUGGCCCCGGUUAUUCGGGACUUUGACGAUAUGGCGGAUGACCAGGAGAGGUGA